UAGCGCUAGAGAGGCGGGACUUGUCGGAACGCAGCACCGGAUAUCCUUCAGCCUUGCAUUGUGGGAUUGACUCUGAAGAUCGCUAUAACAACCGUGGGGGGAAAAUUUAAUAUCGUAAAAGUAAUGAAUUAAAUGCUGCUUCCGGGGCGUUUAAUGCAAUAUAACUUAAUAAUGCCUCCGUUUAUAAUUAAUUUAGUUCAAUAGCCAAGUUUCUAAUGUAACGUAAUUUGUUUUGGUCGCGGGAAUUCAACAUUAAUUAGUAACACGUUAAGAUAGUGGAAACGCUUUCAUACUCUUAUACACCUUUUUAUACUUGUAGUUGUACAUUCCGUAUAUUUAGUUAGCUAGCUAUAAGGCUUAUACUUUAUCCGUCUUGAUUAGUGCUUUUUUUUUGUUUUGUUUUGUUUUUUUAAACUAGUCCAACCUGUCAAAAUUAAGCCAAGACACUGGGGAAGGCAAAGCCCAGCUCCUUCACUGCACCGAUCUGGCUUCCGUCUCUUUAAACGUGGUGCACUAGCUUGCUGGAUAAGUUCCCGUGAAAUCAAAAGUGAGUUCAAAGGUAAAGAAUGGCUUCCUCGUCCGGAAACGACGACGACCUCACCAUCCCGAGGGCGGCCAUCAACAAGAUGAUUAAAGAAACGCUUCCCAACGUGCGGGUGGCCAACGACGCCCGGGAGCUGGUGGUGAACUGCUGCACCGAGUUCAUCCACCUGGUCUCCUCCGAGGCCAAUGAGAUCUGCAACAAGUCUGAGAAGAAGACCAUCUCCCCAGAGCAUGUCAUCAACGCACUUGAAAGUCUUGGUUUUGGAUCCUACAUAGCGGAAGUGAAGGACGUUUUGCAGGAAUGUAAGACAGUCGCGCUGAAGCGGAGAAAGGCCAGCUCACGUCUGGAAAAUCUCGGCAUCCCAGAAGAGGAGCUUCUCCGCCAGCAGCAGGAGUUAUUCGCCAAGGCGCGGCAGCAGCAGGCUGAACUCGCCCAGCAGGAGUGGCUGCAGAUGCAACAGGCGGCACAGCAGGCUCAGUUAGCAGCAGCAGCUUCAGCCACUGCAGCUCAACACGCUCGAUCCUCCCAGGAAGACGACGAAGAGGAUGACAUGUGAUCGCUCUCUCUCUCUCUCUCUCUCUCUCGCUAUCUCUCUCUCUUUGUCUUUCUGUCUCAAUCGCAGUAUCCGUUUAUAUUGACUUUUUAGAAAUUACCAUGGCCAAGACGGCUGUUUUAUUUGGCCCUCCCCUUAUGUCAGAAUAGCGUUAGACUUUUUUUUUCCUACUUUUAUUUUUCAAAGACAUAUUUCUUCUUCAUGAAUUCCUGCUUUUGUUUCAGACAGUUAAAUAUUUUAAGGCACCAUACUGUAUGUGAAUUAUCGUUUUUUGGACUUUGAGUCGUAUGAUAUAUUGGGGGCAGAAGAUGCGUUACGUUUAGUUGUUCUCGGUUUGGUGCAGGAAUGAGUGUUUAAACUCAAAUGCCUCCUAUUUUAGGUGUCCUGUAGAUUUCUUGCUCUUUGUUUUUGUAAAAUAGUUGAGUUAAGAGCUUUCUUUUUUCCGGAGAAUUGAUUUUUACAGCAAUCGUUCCUUCCCUGUCUUGCUCUGUGUGUUAGGCAGAGAGCUGAUCUGGGUUGUAAAGUAGGAUGUUUUUUUUUCUUUUUUUUUUUUCCCCAUUUUAGUUUAAGUCAGUAAGAGUACAGUGUACGUAGGAUGCAGCUUUUGUCUGGCCUGUGUUCAGAACAGUAUUGAAAGGAGAAAUACAGAAUGAUAUCUGUCUCUUUAGUACCAAAGAUAGAGAUGAAACUUCAGUCACCAGAUAGUCUUAAGAAACCUCUGGACAGUUUUACACUCUUUACAGAAGGAAACUCUGGUCACUGAUGGCACUGAACUAUGCCACCGUCAGUGUCCCUAUAUUGAUAGCAACUAUCAAACUGUAAAUGUUUUCAUAUCUGAGCAGAAGGUUUUCGUUCCUCUGUAUCUCUCUGGUGCAGUGUGUAGAAGUUGCAUUGUGAAUGUGUGGUCAAUUCUUAUCUCGUAAAGAUUGGUAAGUUUUAGUUGAGGCACGUGUUCACAUGGCUUCGCAGGAGCUGUAAGCUGUAUUCUCUAAGCAAUAAAAGUCAACAUGUUUUAUAAA